AUGCGGGCCCACGACAAAUGUGCCGAAGACGUCAAACGUGUGUGUGCAGGCGUCCUCUCCACUCGCUCCAAAUUCGAGCUCAAUAUCAAUUUAUGUGAGGAACGGAGUCUGGCAGAACAAGAGUAUCAGUGUGCCGAGUGCUCUGCACCAAUCUGUUUCGAUGGUACCAGUGAACAGGAAGCACGUCUUUGUGACUAUUCCGGAGAACUAUUCUGCCCAAAUUGUCAUUGGAAUGACACGUGGAGCAUUCCGGCAAGAAUCAUUCAUAAUUUGGAUGCCACCCCAAGACCCAUUUGUCGGGCUGUCAAACAGCUAUUGUCGAUUGUGGACCAUCGACCAUUGAUUGAUAUUAACGAGUCGACAUUAUCACUGAUUAAAUUUCAUAAGGAACUCCGCCGUGUCAACGAGCUUCGUCGCAAUUUCCUCCUGAUGAAGUGCUACUUUGUUAGCUGCCGUACCGCCCGCCGCCUGCGAAUCCUACAGUACCUCCAGUCGCACUCUCAUUUCGUUGAUAACGCUGUGAUGUAUUCAUUGAAAGAGCUCCGGGAGCUGUGUGAAGGGAAACUGCUUCCCGAACUCGAGCAGAUUCAUACAGUGUUCAGAAAACAUAUUGAGGAGGAAUGCGAGACCUGCGCUGGAAAUGGAUUCUUCUGCGAACUCUGCGACGAUGUGGAGAGUCAAGAGAAUCCCAAGGACAAGGUUUUGUAUCCAUUCACCGAGAAUACAAGAUCCUGUGCCACGUGUCUUGCGGUGUACCAUAAGAAAUGUUUCGAGAGGAAGAGUCUAAAUUGUCCUAGAUGCGAACGUCGCCGUCGACGAAGUGAAAUUCCGAAGACGUUGACCACCAGCAGCAGCAGUGAUGAGAAAGAGACAGCGGCGGGGAUUUGA